GUGGUUUUCGGCUUCGUCAGAAAGCGGAGCUACAUUGUAAACACACUGCGUCCAUUUUCAAACCCGCCUGGAGAAACAUCAGACACCAACGUUGAACAUGGGGGCCGUACUCGGGCUUUGUUCCAUGGCCAGUUGGAUUCCUUGCCUUUGUGGCAAUGCUCCUUGCCUGCUGUGCGCAUGUUGCCCGAGUGGAAACAACUCAACCGUUACUCGGCUGAUCUACGCAUUUUUCAUGCUGCUGGGCGUGGGCAUCGCCUGCAUCAUGCUCAUGCCAGGCAUGGAAGGGCAUCUGAAGAAGAUUCCAGGUUUUUGUGAAGGAGGAAUGGGGUCGUCUAUUCCAGGGGUUGAAGGUCAUGUGAAUUGUGAUGUCCUGGUUGGUUAUAAAGCUGUGUAUCGUGUGUGUUUUGGGAUGGCCAUGUUCUUCCUCCUCUUCUCUCUCAUCAUGGUGAAGGUCAAAAGCAGCCAGGACCCACGAGCCGCUGUGCAUAACGGGUUUUGGUUCUUCAAAUUUGCGGCUGCCACUGCUAUUACAGUCGGAGCGUUCUUCAUUCCCGAAGGCCCCUUUACUACUGUCUGGUUUUACGUUGGCAUGGCUGGAGCUUUCUGUUUCAUCCUCAUCCAGCUGGUGCUCUUGAUCGACUUUGCUCACUCCUGGAACGAGUCCUGGGUGGAGAAGAUGGAGGAGGGAAACUCUCGUUGCUGGUAUGCAGCUCUUUUGUCGGCCACAACCAUCAACUAUGCUCUGUCCCUGAUGUCCCUGGUGCUCUUCUAUGUGUAUUACACUCACUCUGAUGGCUGCACUGAGAACAAAGUCUUCAUAAGCAUCAACAUGCUGCUCUGUGUUGGGGCGUCUGUCUUGUCCAUCCUGCCUAAAAUCCAGGAGUCGCAGCCCAGGUCUGGUCUCCUGCAGUCUUCUAUUGUUACCUUGUACACCAUGUACCUGACUUGGUCUGCCAUGACCAAUGAGCCUGACCGUAAGUGCAACCCCAGCUUGCUCGGCAUUAUUGGCCUCAACAGCACCAGCCCUGCUGGUCAGGACCAUGUUGUUCAGUGGUGGGAUGCUCAGGGCAUUGUAGGAUUGAUUCUGUUCCUGCUGUGUGUGCUGUACUCCAGCAUCCGCAAUUCCAGCAAUGCUCAAGUGAACAAGUUGACACUCACCAGUGAUGAGUCUGCUCUGAUCGAGGAUGGCCCCGCUCCAGAGAACUUCGAAGUGAGCGAUGGCACCAACCGUGCUAUUGACAAUGAGAAAGAUGGAGUCACCUACAGCUACUCUUUCUUCCACUUUAUGCUCUUCUUGGCCUCCCUGUACAUCAUGAUGACACUGACCAACUGGUACAGUCCUGACGCCAACUAUGAGACGAUGACCAGCAAAUGGCCCUCCGUGUGGGUUAAGAUCUCCUCCAGCUGGAUCUGCAUCUCUCUCUACGUGUGGACCCUGGUGGCUCCACUAGUCCUCACCAACCGUGACUUCGACUGAGAGGACACAUAGAAUUAAAGCUUGCUGUAAUUCUUUGCGGUAAUCUUUGUGAAUAUCCACCUGUAUAGGAUAGGAGACUUCUAAAUGUAAAUACUGUGUGUUUAAUUCAUUCAGCUAAACCUACAUGUGUUUUUUUUAUUUUGCAUGCUUUUAUGUAGGAGUUUGUAUGUUAAAAUAUAAAUUAGCAGGCAAAAUGAAGAACACAGCUUGUGUUUCUUGUUAUGUUGUAAAUAUAUCAUCCUAAAUUAAGAAUUUUAAGAGAACAACAGUGUUCUUUAAAAUGUUGGAAAUUGUAACUAAUUAAUAGUCUAUGUUUUCAAAAAAUAAGUUAUUUGUGAAAAAUAGCAGCAAUGCAAGUCAUGUUUUUUUUGUCAUUUCCUGUAAAACGCACAAGUAUACAGUGUUGCAUUUGCAUGUUACAAAUUUACAGGCAACUUAGAAUUGUCAGUUUUGUACUGCUUUUGGCUUUUUUUAAUCAUUUGCACGACAAACGUAAUAUAUUUAAGACCGUAACAGUGCUAACCCAUUUGCAACUUGCACAGGUUAGUUAGUGUGUGGCUUAUUUAUAACUUUAUGCUCGUAGCCAAUGUUUGUGUUGAACAAUGUUUUGCACUGAAUUUAGUUAUUUUACCUGAAAACCCUUAAUAGUUUACAUGUUCGGUAUCGUUACCCUUGUAGUCAAUGUCUUAGGCUCACUGGAAAAAUUUCUUGAUUCUUGAUUUCUGAGCUGCUCACAAAGCUGUCAGUGUUAUUUCUUGUGCAUUCUCAGUGCAUUGUAAUCAUCCCACAUUUCAUCUCAAUAAAGUUGUAAACCAAAACCAUAUAA